CAAAGGCAUGAAUGUUCCUUGUGGAAAUGAAACGAUUCACGUCUAAAUUUUUGUUUAGUUAUUUGCACUCUGUAAUCAUUCGUUUCAUUGUGUUUAAUUGGUUGGGAAGUGCCUAACUUAGUGAAUAAAGUUUGAAUAACAUUAGUAUUCAAUUAAAAACGUUAUUGAGAUAAUAAGAUUUAGGUUAUGUUGACUCUAUUUGUUUUUAAUGUUCAUCUUUAAUUGAAUAUAAAUAUAGUUCCGGAUGAAUGUUGCUGUGUCCCAUGCAUGUUUAAUUGUAUGCAAUGUAUCUUUUCAUUACUUCGACGUUGAGUUGUUUCUUGGACUUACUGGUGGGGAUAAUAAUUAAAUAUGUUUUCACAUGGUUAUUUUCUGGAUCAAAACAGGAUCAAUCAUUGCGUAUAGAAUUAAUUAACAUUAAGCAAGAAAUGAAUCAAAUUUCCAUGAUUGAUGAAUUUCCAAAAUACGCAAAACUACAGCGUAAAUAUAAUAAGUUGGAAAAUGAGCUGAAAAAAAGAGUCAAUAAUCGUGUGGCUUCCAGAAUGAAAAUACAUGUUACAAUCACUUCUAUUACCUACGCUCUUAACGUAAUUCUAAUUUCGGUGUUGGUGUAUAUGUAUCGCAACGAACCUGUUGUCGUGCUGCCAAAUGGAAUGCUUUCUCCACUAGAAAAUAUCUUCAAGUGGCCAGGUUCUUACGCAAAUGGAAUUUCUUUGACAAUGUGGAUAUUCAUGACAAGAGUUGCUGCUUCAUCUUGUAUCGAUAUUGGAUGAAUGAUUAAUUUAUACACGCACUCAAACACAC